ACAUGUGUAAGAUGUGUAAUACAUAAUAUACGUGUUAUCUUUUAAUGAACGAUUUUUCACCUUUUUCAAGUAAAUAAUAGUGAAGCGUUGUCAAUAUUUUAAAUCUGUGUUUCAAUCUUUUAAUCGGAAUUAAUGUCAUCAUGAAGUCUUCGCAAAAAUGGAAUACGAAAAGAUCAAGAUUACCAGCCAAGUCAAAUAUAGUAUGACUGAUUAAACCGUUACAUCAAUCAUGGAAUGUGAGAAGCAAUCGCUUCUGUGUGAAGAUAGUAGUGACAAUACGGAUACUAAUUACAGCGAAACGGGUUCAGUUAUUUAUAAGACAUGCAGUCAAAAUGUUAUCAAUAAUGCAAACGAGUCGAUGCCGAGAACAAAAGUUUAUAAACGUCGUUGGUAUGUUAUGGUAAUAUUCUGUCUAUUUGCUAUGUCUCAGGGCGGAUCGUGGAGUAUUUAUGGUCCGAUAUCAGCUACAACAGAGGACGCAUUUGGUUGGAAAGAUUCAAACAUAGCGUUGUUGACAGCGUGGGGACCAAUAGCGUAUUUAAUAACAACCUUUCCAUUCGCUUGGCUGAUAGAAACGAAAGGUAUUAGAGUUGCAUCAUUAACAGCUACAUUUCUGACUCUCAUGGGCGCUGUUGCACGAUGUAUUACAACAGAUCCAACAUACGUCACGUGGACAAGUAACAUUGGGCAGUUAUUGAAUGGUUUAGCUGGACCAAUAGCAUUUGGUGCUCCACCUGUUCUGUCAGCCUUAUGGUUUCCUGCUAACGAAAGAACUACUGCCACUGCACUAAAUACAGUUUUAAACAGUGUAGGAUCCGCCCUAUCAUUUACAUUGGGACCACACUUAGUGCCGUUUAGAGGUUCUUGUAAUGUCAAAGACACAGUAAUUAACAUAAGCAGUAAUUUUGAUGGGAGUAUCACAAAUAACUGCACGAAUCAAACAAAUAUGAUAACUGAACGUCACGACAUCAGCAGAUACAUGCUUUACGAUUUGUGCUUUAUUGUGAUUGCAUUUUUGCUGAUGUUAGUAUACUAUCCAAAGAAACCUGACCUCCCACCUACAAUAUCAGCCUCAGUGGCACGUCUAGAUUUUCGUUCUGGUAUCAAAGAUCUGUUAAGAAAUGUAAGAUUCUGGUUGAUCUGCCUGACCUUUGGUGUUUCACAAGGUGUAUUCAGUAGCUGGCAGGGUGUUUUGGAUGUUAAUUUGAAGCCACAUAAUAUUUCCCAGAAUGAAGCCGGGUGGCUUGGGUUUUACUCAAUGAUUGCAGGAUGCCUUGCAUCACUUGUUUUCGCAAAAUUUUCCGAUGUAUUUGCACGGCAUAUGAGAUUAUUUUUGUUAUUUCUGUACAUAUCUGCUACCGGAUGUUUUGUAUGGUUUAUAUUUCUCGUUGAAGGUGUUAUUCAGAAUUCUACAAUUAUGUUAUAUGCAUCAAUAAUAACGGGGACAAUGUUCCUGACGUCAACAAUGCCACUUUUCUUUGAAAUGGCGUGUGAAGCAGCAUAUCCCGUUCCCGAGGGCAUCACUAACCUUGUGUUGACGCUCAGCAGCAAUAUUGGUGGACUUAUAUUCCUUCUUAUACAAAUGAUACCAAAUAUAGGUACAAACUGGGCCUCUUGGUGUAUGCUAGGUGGUAUAGUAUCAUGUAUCCCAGUGUUGGCUUUGCUUAAAGAACGUUACAAUCGGCUAGAUGUCGACGAAACUGGAAAGGAUAGUUGACUGAUAGUUUUGCACCUGAUAUAUUCUAGUUGUCCCCCUUUGGUCGUUGUUUGAAUGUUAACGAUUUAGGAUCUAGGGAAAAUGCUUUAAUGUUUAAGAACAAAACGCAAGUUAAAUUUUAUCUAAACGCAGCAAUAUUAUUGAAUCCAAAAUUUAAAUUUCCUCACACAGCUAUAGGCUCCAUCUAUGUAUUUUCUGAGAGUUUUAUAUCUCAACUGUGUUUCUUUCUCGUGAUCAUGACGACAUUAUUUCAGAAACAUAAUAUAUGUUGAGGUGAAAUCUUUAAAAAGGAACACCGAUCGUUGUACUUAAUUUCAAUGGAAGACAUGUAAUCAUAAGUCGAUCGUAAUGAAAUAUAAACAACGCAUUGGCAAAACGAAAAGAAAAUGAAGAAAAGACAGAUCAUAGUACACAAAUUAUUACGCAGAAAACAAACUACUGCGUGUAACACAGAUUGAUAGAUAACUGUAUAUUUUUGAAGACCGACAUUUUCUAUAAUAGAUAACUGUCUAUUUUCGAAGACCAACAUUUUCUAUAGAUAACUGUCUAUUUUCGAAGACCGACAUUUUCUAUAAUACAUCAUUUGAACAAUAAAAAAUAACAUGUUGAGUGUCGUUUCAAAGCAUGAAUAAUUCAAAUGAUACUAGGCUAGUUUGUCAAAAGAAAACAGAAAGUAUUAAUUUGUUUCUCAGUCAUGAAAUUGAUUUAGUAUAACAAUCUUGUAUAAAGCUCCUUUCGAAAUCUUUUAAUACGGUGAUCAACCAGUUGUCAUACAUAUUUGACUAAGACAGAAAGAAUCCCAAGGAUUUUUUAGCCGUUUUUAUUUUCGAUACUUCACCAGAAUUUGUAGUUAGGAGAAAGGAACUUGGCUUUACGACAUUGAAAGAGUCUAAAUCUUGAUGGAAAUUUAAGAAGGACCUCAGAAAAUUAAACAAGUAAUCUUUAAUAUUCAUCAAUAUUUGAUACUACAUGUAUUUUUCCUAUAAAAUAUAUCAUUCGUAGACAACUGAUAAAUUAGUAAUCAACAACUACAGACCAAUACGAAAUCGCACACGUUUAGUACUCAAUCUAAAGAUAUUAGGGUAUUUAACUUGAUAAAGAAAAGCCGGAAGAAAUGGUUGAUGAAUAGAUGGACUGAAUACUUCUAAGAAUUAACCAGUUGCUGCAUUGAAGUCGUUAUAUAUAACAUCCAUCUAGUACAAAACAAUUAAGUCGUCAAUAUAAUACCAAUAAAAAGGCAUAAAUUUACCAAUUGUAAACAUUUAGAAUAUUGGGCUCGAAUCUUUUUUUUUUAUCUUGGCAAAGUGUAAAAAUCAAUUAAUUGUUCAGGAUGAAAUGGUCAACAAAGUUAAAGAUAAUUGUUCUGGAUAAUUUCUUAUUUGCAAUUCACGCGUAUUUCCAUUGUGUAUAUAAAAAAUUCGAAUAAAUCUAAUGACGAUAUUAACCCAAUAUUAACCUAAUAUUAACGCAAGUUGGAAUUUUUUCCAUAAAGGCAGUUUGAUUUUCUUAUCCUUUGUUUUUAUACAUGUUACCAGGAACGUGAUAAAUUAAUAAAUGUCUCUCUGGUGAAAUAUAUCGGAAGCAGUAGCACUUUAUUUGUUAUGUUUCGGAUGUUUGACGCCAUAAAAUUCUUUCCCGAAGCUGAAAUAAUGCUUUUAGGACACCAGUCUGUUCAAAAAAGGCCAUGAGUGUGACAAUUUAUUGUCUUGUCUAACAUUAACGUUUUACUUAUCUAAUUAGCAUUAUGUUUUACAUGGUCAUGCUUUUCAGUAAAUUGUCAACAAUUUGCUUGACAUAAUAUGGCAAUACUUAAAGGCAAGUGUUGAUGGUUGUCACGUCCAUACAAAGAAAAAAAAACCGGGUUGAAGAAUAUACUACUUGACACUUAACAACGUUUUAUGUUCACAAUUUUCGGUUACAGCGGCAAUUUAAAAAAAAAAGUUACAACUGACAAGGGUUCAGCUCGUAAAAUUGACGAUGAAGAUUUUAUUUUAGAUAUAUAUAUAGACUCAUAAGAUAUAAGUUAAUUAACGGUUAGAAUGAAAAUAAGUAAAUACAGUGUUGUUCGAUUCGACUUCAAAUCAUAAUGAUAACCCUAAGAGUUGAUCAGUGUAUAGAUUUAUGUUCCCCAAUCUUCUUGUCCGGCAGCCAGUUAAGCCCGUCCUUGUGAGGAGCAUCUGUUUGGCUAGCUGGUUGUGCAUAAAACGUAACUACAUUCGUUCGGAAUUAGGUAGUUGAAUCCACUGGCUCAUGUAGGGGAAGUGCCUGGUAUGCUCUCUGUAAUUACUAAAAAAAGCCUUGCAAAAACUGUUAAUGGGAUUGUACAAUUCCACCCAAUAUCCAACUAAUCCUAUAUUUUGCAACAACUGGUUUAUGGGUUAUAUGAUUCGUUCUUAUAUCGAACAAACCCUAUAUGUUACAACAUCUGUUUGAUAAUGUUAUAUAAUAUCUUCUCAUAUCGAACAAACCCUGUAUUUUCAAUAUCUGUUUUAUAAGGUUAUACAAUUUCUUCUCAUAUUCGACAAACCCUAUAUUUGGCAACCAACCAUUUCAAUUUAUAUUUUAUAGUGUGUCUUUCUAUGUUGUAAUGUUACUCUACUAUUUCAGGUUAGGGUAAAGGUUGGCGCCUGUUAAAACGUUUAAACCCGCUGCGUUUGUUUGCACCUGUCCGAAGUCAAGAACCUGUUUCAGUGGUUGUGGUUUGUUGAUGUGGUUCUUAAGUGUUUUUCGUUUUUUAUAUAGAUUAGACCGUUGGUUUUCCUGUUUGAAUUGUUUUACACUAGUCAUUUUGGGGCCCUUUAUAGCUUGCUGUUCGGUGUGAGCCAAGGCUCCGUGUUGAAGGCCGUACUUUGACCUGUAAUUGUUUACUUUUUACACAUUGUGACUUGGAUGGAGAGUUGUCUCAUUGGCACUCAUACCAUAUCUUCUUAUUUCUAUUAACAUCUGUUUUAUGAGGUUAUACAAUUUCCUAUUGAAUCCAACAAACCCUAUAUUUUUCAACAUCUGUAUUAUGAGGUUAUACAGUUCCUUCCUGUAUCCAACAAACCCCUAUAUUUUGCAACAACUGUUUUAAUGGGAUUUUACAGUUCCUUCCUGUAUCCAACAAACCCUAUAUUUUCAGUACUGCAUGUCUCAUGACCUUUUCUCGUUUCAUCGUGAUCGACACACUCUAUGUGUAACAUAUCAAUUGAGUGACUUUAUUGUUCAAAAACACGAAAUACAUCGAAUUGUAUGUUUAUCAAAUUAUCAAUUAAUCAUCGUGCACGUAUAAAGUGUUCAUGGGACUUGUUUUUCAAAUUCUUUUAGUAGUUUAUUAGCCUAAAUCAUUUUAUGACUUUAACACAUUAAUGUUUAUAAUUUGUUUUAUACACAUAUAUGGAAUAUAUAAUUUUAUGUUAAAAACUCAAGAUUUUAAUGAUUCCUGUUUAUGACAGUUAACUUAAGUUAUUCAAAUAAAGUCUAUGUACACUAAGUGAA